CGUACACUGGGUACAACUGUAUCGCCUGGGUGGACAGUAUAGUUACUUCAACAUUAAAUGGAAUAAAAUGCCGAGGAUUUAUGUAAACAGAGACGUUGCUUCGGCGUGAUUAAUUAAUACUUCUUAAUUAAGACAGCUCACCUCUGGAGCGGGUGGUGGCAGGCCUAUUUUCGAUUUUUAUCAGCAAUAUUUCAGGGAGAGAAGUGACGUCCUCCUCACCACAGCAGCUGCAAACAAGUUUGUCACUUUUGUCCCUGUUGAACAAAUGAUGAACUGAGGACCUCCUCAGCCUCACACAUCUCUGCAUCACCCACUUUUCACUCAUUGCUUGUUGGUAAAGGGAGUUGACUACAUUGCCUCACCACACCUGGGCAGAGAAAUGCGUGUGUGCGCGUAUCCUCUGAUGCAUGACUGUGUGAGUGUCUUUGGGCUGAAGUAAGAGGUAGAAGUCUGCACUUCGUCUCUCACCCUCCGAGAGGCACUUCUCUACUUGACUGACUACGACUUUCGUCUCCGCGACUGCAAAGCAUCAUGGGUAGGAAAAAGAUUCAGAUCCAACGGAUCACAGACGAAAGGAACAAGCAGGUGACAUUCACAAAGCGAAAGUUUGGCUUGAUGAAGAAAGCCUACGAGCUGAGUGUGUUGUGUGACUGUGAGAUUGCUCUGAUCAUCUUCAACCACGCAAACAAGCUGUUCCAGUAUGCCAGCACCGACAUGGACAAGGUCUUGCUCAAAUACACAGAGUACAACGAGCCUCAUGAGAGCCGGACCAAUGCAGAUAUCAUUGAGACUUUGAGAAAGAAAGGCUUCAACGGUUGUGACAGUCCAGAGCCAGACGGUGAAGACUCCAUUGACCAAAGUCCCCUAAAUGAUGACAAGUACCGAAAGACCACAGAGGACCUGGAUGUUCUCUUCAAACGCUAUGGACAGUCGACAGCUCCGCCCCAGACGUUCUCCAUGCCAGUCACUGUCCAGGCGUCAAAUCAAAGCACACUGCAAUUCAGUAACCCUGGCAACGCACUGGUAACUACCUCCUAUGUAACAUCAUCGUCGCUCACAGAUACCCACCUCCUGUCACCACAGCAACCAGCUCUUCAGAGAAAUACGGUGUCUCCUGGGUUGCCACAGCGACCAGCCAGUGCAGGUGCUCUUCUUGGAGGCGACCUGAAUAAUUCAAAUGGAGGAUGCCCAAGUCCAGUCCCUAAUGGAUACACCAGUGCCAGGGCCUCCCCAGGCCUCCUCACCGUUUCCAACGGCAACAGUCUGGGGAAAGUAGUCCCGGCCAAGUCUCCACCCCCACCUCCCAGCCCCCAGAUGGUCAACAGCCGCAAGCCAGACCUCCGAGUCAUCACCUCACAGGGCGGAAAGAGCCUCAUGCAGAUGACAGAGGAUGAGCUGGAAUUGGUAAACGAGAAUGCCCAGCGGCUGGCAGCUGGCGCCCAGGUGGCACAAACCCUCACCACACCGGUGGUCUCUGUAGCCACACCGAGCCUCCUGGCACAGGGGCUGCCCUUCUCCGCCAUGCCCACAGCAUACAACUCAGAGUACCAGCUGACCAGUGCAGACAUCACUGCUUUACAUGCUCUGGCGUCACCCGGUGGCUUGUUGCCAACCAGUGUGUCCACAUGGCAACAGCAGCAAGCUGUGUCCCAACAACCGCAGCAGCAGCAGCAGCAGCAACAACAACAAACACAGCAACAACAGCAGCAGCAACAGCAACUUAAUCUUGCGUCACUCAGCAACUUGGUCAUGUGGGGCGUGGACAAACAGAGCAGCGAGCUGUCUAGCCAGGUGUCCAGUCUGGCUGCCAAUCUGAGUGUUGGCUCUCCGUCCAACCUGCUCUUGGGUAGAGAUGAGUGGUUGGGCCGGCCGGUGACCCAUAUACCUCAAGGCGCCAUGCUGACCGUCAACACAAAUUCCAGCGUGAGCAUAAAGUCAGAGCCCAUCUCACCCGGCCGGGAUCGCAGCACCCCCUGCCCCGCUCCCUCCUCCUCCACACCGUCCUCAACCUCAGGAGGAGCCAUCCUGACCGCUCCGCCACAGUACCCCGGCUCCCUGCUGUGCCUGGAGCCUCCGACCGGCCGCUCGCCUGCAGACAGCGUAAGCAGCAAUGCCAGCUCCUUCGAAGGCAGCGAUCGCGACGACACAGCUGCAGCUGGUGGCGGCGGUGGCAGUGGAGGUGCUGGUGGAGGUGGCGGCGGAGGCAGCACGGCUGGCACUACGCGUUCCACCAGCCGGUCGGUGCCACCUGACUUCAACACCUCAGCCGAGCUCCUCGGGGCAUCGAACGAACCAGAGCAGGAAGGAGGAAACAUUAAGCGCAUGAGAUUGGACACCUGGGUGACAUAGAGGCGCCAACACCACCACUCUGCACCCUCUGUGAAGUUACGGUGACACUUAAACACCCACAACACACACCCCCACUCAUCCUUAAACCUCCACUGCCCCAACCCCACUGCCACGUGACACUAUCAUCACACAUCUGCCUCUUUCCAAAAUUAUACAACUCAGCUGCGUCACCCAGACUUAUGAGGCUUUGCCAAAAAAAAAAAGAAAGAAAAACAUAAAAAAAAUAAAAAUCCUUUGGGGAAUCUCGCUCUGUGUGAGGGAAGGAUGGUUUAGCGCUCAGCUGGAUAUUUAGGCCCCUUGAAUAGAGGGAUAGUAGAUUUUUAAGGCCUUCUUGCUUGAAUGGACUCCCGUAUAGUAAUUUCUUUUGGUAGAAAUGAGGUGUUGAACCUUUUUUUGCAAUUUGACGAAACCAUAAAAACCUUUCUCUUUCACGUGGUUUCUGCAUCACCAUCAUGUAUUUACAUUGAGCUCUGCUACAUUGUUCACAAUGUGAUUGGUGGCUUGUCGACAUUAUGGGACUUUGGCCGUAUGACUCGCCACUUCCUGCUUGAAAUCCAUACGGAUUGUGUGCUGUCCAUUCUUCCAUAAGUCACUUCCAAACUGCACUAUUGGAGAUUACUUUAUCUGGACACGUUUCAGGACUGAACUUCAUCUAUCUGGCACUGAGAAAACAGACUCAAACCGGGUCUUCUAAGUAAGGAUACUUCACCAUGAAUGAAUCUUUCCGCUGCCAGAGUUACCAACCUCGUACACCCAGGCAGGCCCGAGCCCUCAGGUGGCGCUCUGCAGCUGUGGAGUCGAGCACCUUGCCAGAGUGCCAAAUAUCAACCUCUCUUUAGGAAAAAAAAAAAAAUGCCAAAUGCCUCUCGCAC